CGCAUGCGCAACCCCACCCACUGUUCAUGACAAAUGCAACUUUUACUUCCGGUUGACUUCAGCUUCUGCAUAAGGUUUUUUGGAUUUAGCAGUAUUCUUGCGUGGUGCUUCUGUUAUCCUACGUCAUCCGUGAUUUUUCUCAGCUGCAUUUGCACUUUGCAGUUCUAUAUCUCCCGGGGAUAUAUUUUGUUUGUCGUAUGUCCAUCCAGAAUCUCAACACAUUCGACCCCUUUGCAGAUGCAAUCAAGGGUUCAGAUGAUGAUGUCCAAGACGGUCUCGUGCAUAUAAGGAUUCAACAACGGAAUGGUCGGAAGACCUUAACAACAGUACAAGGACUUUCAUCUGAAUAUGACUUGAAGAAAAUAGUAAGAGCAUGUAAAAAGGAGUUCGCCUGCAAUGGGACAGUAAUCGAACACCCGGAGUACGGAGAGGUGUUGCAGCUGCAGGGGGACCAGCGAGAAAAUAUAUGCCAGUGGCUAACAAAGUCAGGUCUAGCCAAACCUGACCAACUCAAAGUCCAUGGUUUUUAACCAACAAACACCCAUGCCACUAUCUAAGAACACUCCACCUUCAUUAACACCUUAUCAUCUUAAAUUAUCUGUAUCAGUCACUAAUACUUGUUGAUACAUCGUGAGAUAUCCUAUUAUAUACACAUAUAUAUUUCAAUAAAAAAUAUAUAACAGUAACGAUAUAGGCACAAUAUUCUAAUCAGACAUUUGUAAGAUUGUAGGAAGCAAUAUUUUACAGCCUUAUGUUAGGUAAUUCAUUAAACUCAUCACGUUUUAAAGUAGUAGUGAUAACUAAUUAGUAAUUUGAGAAAAUACUUAUACAAGGAAUAGAUACACAUAGCAACGGAUGGCUCUUCUUUUUGGAAUUAUUAGGUAGUAUGUAUCUCGGCGCUAUAGAUGUGUUCAGAGAGAAAGAGGAAAGGAGAGAAAGAGAUAUAUAUUAAAAAAAGAAUUAUUUUAGGCACUGGAUUGGCUUAUUGUAUGUAAUGCUGAAUGCUUUGUUUUGUUUAUACAGUAAGGUAACAGGCCUGGUUUUUAUAUUAUCAUCUCCAAGUUUUGUGCCUUUACUUCCAUAUUGAUUGUAUUAUUUAUUGAAAGGAUCAUCUUUUAUUGUAAUGGAUUUAUUUUGAAGGAGAAUUGCCAAUCUUUUUUUUUUGAAACAGUAUUGACAAAAUCAAUUGUUUUCAAUAAAAAUGUGGCUGUAUUAAAUAAAUGGUAAUUCACCACUA